GUUUACGUAAAAUAGUUAAUGUUAUACUUAGGUAUUUAGGAAUGUUGGACGUUUGAUUUAACCGUUUAAUCGUUAACCGCUUACAUUUGCCGCUGAAAUAUGCUUGCUCUGAAAGAUUACGGCAGCAGCGACGAUAAUAGUGAGCCUGAAAUCGAAAGUGAAGAUAAAAAAAGUGAGGUUAACCGUGAUGUUGAUGCUAACGACACUUCUGUUAUUAAUUCUCUUCCCGUAGAAAAAUUGGUUCCGCCUAUAAAUAUGCAAGUCUGUUCUGCACCGGAAGUGAUACCAACGGGAACCGAAUUAUGUGUGAAACAUAUAGAUUCAACUAUUCAAGAGGUUAUGCAUAACCCUAAGUACGAAGAACUUUUUGCACCAGACAUUGGACCGGAAAAUCCAUUUAAAACGCAACAGCAACGUGCUGUGAAAAAUAUGCUUUCUGGAUAUGUGGAGAAAGCGCACAUAAGCGAAUUUCAAUUUGAAAAUCAAAGAAGAACUUUUGCCAGUUAUGGGUAUGCGCUAGACCCAACUGUAGACGGUAGUGCCGAAGAGGGUAGAACGAUUAUCGGAGCGAAAGAAGCAGCUGAAGAGUCUGGUGGUAAAACUGUGUUCGAAAGUACAACUCUGAGGCCUUCCGAUAGAAGGAAACGUCAUAGGAACGACGAUCCUGCUGAUAUCGAGGGAUUCUUAGGUCCGUGGGGUGGAUACGUAGAUGAAAAGCGAAUAAUUAAACCGACGGAAGAAGAAGCUGCCAAAUUAGAAGAAAUAUUAGCCAAAAGAAACAGAAGAGGGAAACCAACGGAGGAAAAACCGCUGGAAGAAAAGACUGUGCUACACAUUAAAGAUAGUGUGGAUUACCAAGGUAGAUCGUUUUUACACGCGCCUCAAGACGUUGGCGUAAAUUUGAGAUCGGAAUCGCCACCCGACAGAUGCUUCUUACCAAAAGCGCAAAUUCAUACUUGGGAAGGUCAUACCAAGGGUAUCUCACAAAUCAGAUGGUUCCCGCGUACCGCGCAUUUGUUACUUUCUUGCAGUAUGGAUUGUAGAGUGAAGCUAUGGGAAGUUUAUAAAGAUAGAAGAUGUAUUCGAACUUAUUACGGUCAUCGCCAAGCUGUAAGGGAUAUAAGCUUCGACAACGAUGGCAAAAGAUUUUUAUCCGCUGGAUAUGAUCGUUAUGUAAAGUUAUGGGAUACAGAAACGGGUGCUUGUAUUAGCCGAUUUACGAGCAGAAAAAUUCCAUAUUGCGUCAAAUUUAAUCCUGACCCGGACAAGCAACAUCUGUUUGUAGCAGGCACUAGUGACAAAAAGAUUAUAUGCUGGGAUGUUCGUUCUGGUGAAGUAACGCAAGAAUAUGACAGGCAUCUGGGAGCUGUAAACACGAUAACAUUCGUAGAUGAAAAUCGAAGAUUUGUAACAACUUCGGACGAUAAAAGUCUGCGUGUUUGGGAAUGGGACAUACCUGUCGACAUGAAGUAUAUAGCCGAUCCUUCGAUGCAUUCUAUGCCAGCCGUUACACCCUCCCCUAAUCAGAAGUGGCUCGCGUGUCAAAGUAUGGACAAUAAAAUAGUUAUAUUUUCUGCUUUAAACAGAUUCAAAAUGAAUCGAAAGAAAACAUUCACGGGUCAUAUGGUUGCUGGUUAUGCGUGUGGUUUGGACUUUUCUCCCGACAUGAGUUACCUCGUAUCGGGAGACGCGGACGGAAAGUGUUACAUUUGGGAUUGGAAAACAACAAAAUUGUACAAAAAAUGGAAAGCACACGAUGGUGUGUGUAUCGACGUAUUAUGGCAUCCUCACGAGCCUUCUAGGCUUGCUACAGCUGGUUGGGACGGAAAAAUAAAAUAUUGGGAUUAG